AUGGGGCCGUCUGUUUUAAGCAGAAGUAAGAAGUUCCGUUCAUAUUUCUUCCCGGAUACCGCCGACUUUGUGUUGAAAAAUAUUGGAAUCCUGGGUUUCAUGUAUUUCCUUUUUAUAUCUGGAGUGAAAACGGAUCUCACGGUGGUAAAAAAGGCAGGAAGGAAACAUUGGUGCAUAGCGCUAAUUAGUACCUUGGUUCCAAUGAUAUGUACGCUAGCAGUGGCAAUUCCCCUUCGGAAGUCCAUGGAGAAAGAACUUGCUAAACCUUCAUCCAUUUUGGGAACUUCCACCUUAUUUGCUCUGUCAACGUUUCCUGUUCUUCAGCUUAUAAUCAAAGAGUUAAACCUUUUGAGCUCUGAAAUUGGACGCUUGGCCUUGUUAAUAGCAGUGAUCAGUGACAUAAUAGGAAUUAAUUGCGUCAUUGCAUUUGAGGCAGCCAAACAAGAAGAAGGAAAUAGUAUGGCUGGCUUGUGGUAUUUUAUUUCCUUGAUUGUUUUUAUGAUUUCAAUAUUUGGUGGCCUUCGCCAAGCUAUGCUUUGGAUUGUCAAGACCACACCCGAGGGGAAACAAGUGGACCAAAUCUAUGUCAUUGCCAUAUUGCUCGGUGUCGUGGUUGCGGGUUUUCUUACAGAUAUGUUUGGCAUAGCCAUCGCUAAUGGACCGCUAUGGCUGGGAUUGGCUGUCCCAGAUGGCCCUCCAUUGGGAGCAGUCCUCGUGGAUAAGAGCGAGACGAUUGUCAUGGACCUUCUCCUCCCAUUUUCGUACACAUUUGUUGGCUUGCUCACCGAUGUGUCUUCAAUGAGCGGUAACUGGUCGAUUCUGCAGCCAAUUUUUCUCGUGGCUUUUAUAGGGUGCAUAGCCAAAGUCAUUUCAACUUGGCUGGCCUCUCGCUUCUGUGGUAUGUCACUUAAGGAGAGCCUCGCAUUUAGCCUACUGCUGAAUGCAAGAGGUCAGGUGGAACUAUUGUUGUUCAUCCACUGGAUGGAUUUUAAGAUGAUAACAAUCCCGUAUUUUACAAUGCUGGUGCUGUUUACGACUGCAGUGACGGCUGUGGCAAUUCCCCUAUUCAGCAUACUAUAUGAUCCCACAAGGCCUUAUAUGGUUAACAAGCGAAGAAACAUUCAACAUAACCCUCCAAACACGGAACUGCGAAUUGUAGCUCUCAUUCACAGUGAAGAAAAUGUUGCUGGGAUCAUAAAUCUGCUAGAAGUAUCAAAUCCAACUUGUAACAGCCCCUUCUCAGUCUUUGCUGUGCACCUUGUCGAGCUCAUUGCCCGUGCUGUUCCUAUUUUUAUAGACCACGAGAAAGAGGGGCUGGACUCCGAGCACACCAACCUAAGUUCAGUUCACAAGGCCCUAAAACAUUUUGAGGAAGCCAAAAGGGAACAGAUAAAGUUACAUUGCUAUACAUCAAUUACCGCCAAGAGAAGCAUGUACCAGGACAUUUGUGGACUUGCUCUUGAGAAGAAAGCUUCUCUUAUUAUCUUGCCUUAUCACGGAGAGCAAUUGGAUAACAACCUCGAAACAGAAGGGGUUCCAUCAAUCAACUGCGAUGUAUUAGCGCACGCUCCUUGCUCGGUAGGGAUUUUUGUGCAUAGGGGCUCUUCCAAUACGCAUCUUCUCGGUACUCCCUCGAUAACUUCUGUAUACCACUUCGCUGUUCUGUUCUUGGGUGGAGCAGAUGCUAGGGAAGCACUUGUUUAUGCCGAUAGGAUGGCUGGGAAUCUUAAUGUGUUAGUUACCGUUAUUCGAUUUCUCUCAAAUGAUAGCCUGGGGGAUAAUAGGAUGGAAAAGAAACUUGACGAUGGACUUGUAACAUGGUUUUGGGUGAAGCAUGAGGGGAAUAAUCAUGUUAUUUACCGGGAGGUAGUAGUUAGAAAUGGUGAAGAAACUCUUGCUGCAAUUAGGGGAAUGAGCAACAAUAAUUACGAUCUCUGGAUUGUGGGGAGGAUGCAUGGGAUAAAUCCAGUAAUAAUACAAGGUUUAGCAGACUGGAGUAAGCACACUGAACUAGGAUUAAUAGGAGAUUAUCUUUUCUGUUCGGAUUUAGGUAGCAGAGCUUCUAUCUUAGUGGUGCAACAACAGAUUUUGAGAGGGUAGGAAAGGGCUCUCUCGUGCCAAUUCAGCAAAGUUUUUCUCUGUACAUAUG